AUGGAGAGCAGCUUCUGGGUACUGCUCACAGAGAAGAAAGUUCUAGGACAGCAGAACUGGCAUAGGAAGAGCCAAGACUAUCUGAAGCUGUUUACAAGUAUAGGCAAAAUGAAGGUGACACUGGUGAAUCUGUUGUUCAUGAUGUUGCUGCUGUUGCUCGGCCUGGGGCUGGGACUGGGGCUGGGCCUUCACAUGGCUGCUGCCAUCCUGGAGGAUCAGUCACUGAAUGAGUUUUGGUCCAGUGACUCCCAGAACACUGAGACCACUGGUGAGGGAGAGGGCACCUGGACCACAGAAGACCUUGCACUUGGCUACAAACAAAUGGCACAAGCUGGCUGGCCAGAAGAGACUGUCCUCAGUGAAGAUGAAGUAGUGGGAAGCAGGAUGCUGAGGGCUGAGACCCUCUUUCAGAGCAAACAAGACUACCUUAAGUUUGACUUGAAUAUCCGGGACUGUAAUACUAUGAUGGCACACAAGAUAAAGGAACACAAUCAGAGCUGCAUAAACCAGUACACAUUCAUUCAUGAGGAUCCAAGCACAGUCAAAGCCGUCUGUAACAGUCCCCUGGUUGACUGUGACCUCAAGGGGGGCAAAUGUCACAAAAGCACCAGGCCUUUUGAUCUGACAUUGUGCAAGUUGGCCAAACCAGGCCAAGUCACUCCCAACUGCCACUAUCUGACUUACAUAACUGAAAAGGUCAUCAUCAUAACAUGCAAUGACAUGAGACAACUGGAGACUAAAUGA